AUGAGGGGGGCGGGGUCGCGGAGGAGGGAAGGGGGGGAGGGGGGGCGCAGCGGGGGGGGAGGGGUGGGGAUGGAGCGGGCGGGGGGGUGGGCAGCGGGGGGGCGGGGGGGACGAGCUGCGUGGGGCCGGGGGGGGGGUAGGGGGGAGGGUGAGGGGGGGUGGUCGGGUGCGGAGGAGGCUGGGGGGUGGGUGGAGGGGGGGGGAGGUAGUGGGUGGGUGGGGGGGCGCGGGGGGGACAUGCCCGGGCCGGGGUGCCGUGCGGGGGGGAGAGAGUGGGGGUGUUGGGAUGUGUGGUGGGAGGGAGCGGCGGUUGGGGGGGGGGGGGAUGGGGGGCGCCGGAGGGCGGGGUGGAUUGGGGGUGGCAGGGGAUGGGGUGAAACCAGGGGGGGCCGGGGGGAGGAGGGGGGGGGGGGGAGUGGAGGGGAAGGGUCGGGGGGAGGUGAGGUAGCUGGGGGGCGGGGGCAGGGGAUACCCCAGGGAGGGGCCGGGGAGGGAGAGUGGUCGGGGGUGGGGGGGGAUCGUGAACGGGUGGGGAGCGGGUGGGGGUGA